UUUACGGUUCUGAGAGGACAAGGAUGGAGUUCGAAAAGAGAAAAGCUGCGACACUGGCCUCACUGGUUUCGACGGAAUCAGACAAAUCUCCGAAGGGCUCUUUAGACGCACCCAUCGUUCCUCUCUUGAACGCUCUGAACCAAAACCCUUCUUACUUCACCACAAGUUCUUGCUCUGGCCGAAUCUCCAUCCUCUCCCAACCCAUCUCCGAAGCUCCAAACCCUAAAAAGAAAGCCAGAGGCGGCACGUGGCUCUUCGUUUCACACCACCCCGCCGAUCCCGACUCGGUCCUCUCCCUCCUCUUCCCCUCCGAGCCAACUCCCUCCCACUUCGUCUCCGAACUCGUCUUCCGAUUCGAGCCCCUCAUAAUUGCUCUCGAGUGCAGAGACCUCUCCGCCGCUCACUCCCUCGUUUCCCUCGCCAUCUCCUGCGGCUUUAGAGAGAGUGGCAUUACCAAUGCCAAGAAGCGCGUCAUCAUCGCCAUUCGCUGCUCCAUUCGCAUGGAGGUGCCGUUGGGGGAUACGCGCACUGUCAUGGUCACGCCCGAGUAUGUUCGUUAUCUUGUUCGGGUUGCAAAUGACAAGAUGGAAGCUAAUAGGAAGAGAACUCAGAGAUUUUUCCAAGUUUUGCAGUCCACUGAUUCCUUGAUUGCUGAUAACGGGGACCGUUUGUUGCCGACGAAUGAAGCUUGCAACCAUCUUGAACCCGAAGAUGAAUCUCAGUUAGGAAACGGGAAUGCGGAAACCUCUGAAGAAGGGUCUGUGAGUUCUCCUGGUUCUGGUCUAUCAAUUAGCCAUUUUGAUAUUGUUGGUGAACCAGCUGAGAAGCUUUUCCUUUGGGGCCACUCAGCUUGUGUAUUGAAUAAGGCUGGUGACAAGAAACUUAUCAUUUUUGGUGGCUUUGGAGGCUUGGGGAGACAUGCCAGGAGAAAUGGUUUGUUGCUGCUUGAUCCAUAUUCUGGCAAUCUUGAAAUUGUUAGCACUGUUGAUUGUGCUUCUCCCACUCCACGAUUGGGCCAUACAGCUUCUGUGGUUGGAAAUUGCAUGUUUGUGAUUGGAGGUCGGACUGGUCCUGACAAAAUUCUUAGUGAUGUAUGGAUCCUAGAUACAACAAUGAAUUCUUGGAAGUUACUGCUAUUUAGUGACAAUUUAUUUCCACCCAGGCAUCGUCAUGCUGCAGCUAUCAUGGGUUCCAACAUUUAUGUAUUUGGGGGCCUUGAUAAUGAUACUAUCUUUUCUUCCUUUUAUGUUUUUGACACAAAAACUUUACACUGGAAAGAAAUACCAGUGUCUGGAGAUUGGCCAUGUGCGCGUCACUCACAUGCUAUGGUGGCUUCUGAUUCUCAAAUUUUCAUGUUUGGUGGAUACAAUGGUGGGAAAGCACUUGGGGAUCUGUAUAGUUUUGAUGUUCAGAAGGGCCAAUGGACAAAGGAAAGGACAACUGGAAGGAAUCCACAUGCCAGAUUCUCCCAUUCAAUUUUUGUCCAUAAGAAUUAUCUUGGAGUUCUCGGUGGUUGCCCUGUUAGACAACACUGUGAAGAGUUGGCUUUACUUGAUUUGAAGCUUCGUCUAUGGAAGCAUGUAACACUCAAUUCUGUAGGUAAAGAUUUGUUUGUGCGUAGUACAACCAAUGUUGUUGGUGACGAUCUUGUCAUUGUUGGUGGCGGUGCAUCAUGCUAUGCAUUUGGAACAAAGUUCAGUGAGCCCGCAAAAGUCAACUUGCUCCAUAUAAUCCAUUCACGUGAUGGGCAUAUGCGUAUAAAAAAUCAAAGAAAAUACGUGAUUAACCAAGAUGAAGGAACAAAGACGAAUAACAUUGAAAGUUCAUGUCAACCCCAACUUGAACUUGGACCAAAUGUAUUUGAAGAUGAAAGUUUAUGUUCUAAUGAUAACCUACCCUGCUUGAACGAUCAAAGUCAGAUGAUUGCAUUGCAUUAUAUUUUGCAACUCAAAAAGAAAUAUGCAAAAUUGGGAAAGGAUAUAUUGAAGAAAUUUGGAUGGUUAGACUUGGGGAGGAAGGCACGCAGUGAAGAGGGGGGAGUACAUAUCUGUUUUCCUGUUCAUCAAGAAUUUUUUGCCGUAUUUCAUGAAAGGAAUAAUCAUUUGCUAGAUACAUCAGAUGGACAAAAUGAAGCUCCCUUUUUAAAACCACAUAAACAAGAUAAAUACUUGUUAAAUGAGUUAUCCUAUGCUGAAGCAUUGACCAUUCUCCAUGUGUAUGGUGCCAUUAUUCUUGAAGACAAGGUUGUUGAAGAAAGAAAAGCUGCCAAAUCUCCUUUAAAAGUGAUGACCGAAGCAGUAACGUCUUUGAUUGAGCAUAAAGGCCUACCAAUAUGGCUUCUAGAGGAACUUCCUACAAGAUGGGAUCGGCUUGGAGAUAUUAUUAUACUUCCAAUUAAUUCUUUUAAGGAUUCCCUGUGGGACUCCAUUUCAGGAGAGCUUUGGCUCAUUGUUGCCAAAUCACUCAAGGCUCACCGUCUUGCUCGCCAGGGCCCAGUUGCUGCAACUGGUACAAGAGAUAGCACAUUGCAGAUUCUUGUUGGAGAUAGUGGCUGGGUCAAUCAUCGAGAAAAUGGAGUACUCUAUUCUUUUGAUGCUACAAAAUGCAUGUUUUCAUGGGGUAAUCUUUCUGAGAAAAUUCGGAUGGCCAGUCUGGAUUGUAGAGAGGAGGUUGUAGUCGACCUUUUUGCGGGCAUUGGCUACUUUGUGCUUCCUUUCCUCGUCAGGGCCAAGGCAAAAUUUGUAUAUGCUUGUGAGUGGAAUCCACAUGCAGUAGAAGCACUCCGACAUAAUCUCGAAGCAAAUUCUGUGGCUGAUCGUUGUAUCAUACUUGAAGGAGAUAAUCGAGUUACUGCUCCCAGGAGUAUGGCUGAUAGAGUUUGUCUUGGUCUCAUUCCAUCUAGUGAACCUAGCUGGGUAACAGCUGUGAGGGCUUUAAGAAGAGAGGGUGGAGUUUUACAUGUCCAUGGGAAUACAAAAGACUCAGAGGAGAGUCAGUGGAUUGAUCAUGUAGCAAAAUCAAUAAAUGACAUUGCUAGAUCGGAAGGUUGCUGCUGGGAGAUUUCUAUAGAACAUGUUGAGAGGGUAAAAUGGUAUGCUCCACAUAUUCGUCACGUUGUGGUGGAUGUAAGAUGCAGACAAAUCCAAAGAUAGUGAAUGAGCUGGAAUUUAAGGUUAAAAUGCUCUCUGAAUGCAGUCAGUGUAAUGCCGAGUCUGGAUUGCUGAAGUUCAGAAACUAUUCGUUCGGACUGGCAAAUAUUUUACGUGGAAGAGGUUGAGGAGUGGAUUAUAGUUAUUGAAUUUAGUAGUGACAACCUCUGCAUACUUUUUAUACAUCAUGUUUUGGAGAUAAUUUUAUGCUUUCAAAAGUGGAGAUGAACGAUGCAUAUUAUAUUUAUAACAUGAAGCUAACUCAAUUAUUUGCAUUAAUUAGUUUGGGCUACAAUGAAAGCCCAUACUGAUA